CUUCACCACAGACCAUUCCUCAUGUGUCAGUCCAAAAGCAGAGCCCUCUUCACUUCCCCAAGUGUCAGUGACAGCUCUGGGUGUGCAGAGCACUCCGAGGCAGCACCUGAGCACCCAAGAGCUCAGCUCAGCUCUGAACACAUGAGAAGGAGGAGGAGGAGGAGGGUCUACUGAAUGCCAGUGACAUCAGGGUGCCUGUGAGAUCCUCACAGGGGUGCAGGAAGUAUAAAAGCAGAGUUCCCCGAGGAGGGUCCCUGGCAGGAGCUGGGGAGGCAGUGCUGGAGUGGGUGAUGCUCUCGUUACCUCUGUGACUGGAUCCUGCUGGAACCACACCAUGGAUGGGGGCAAGCAGCUAAAGGUCAGCCUUGUUUUCAGCCUGCCGAUCGUUUUUCAGUUCUGUGCUGGGGACAAUGUCACUGAUUACUACGACUCCAACAGCACCAUUGACUACAGCAUGUUUGAGUCCCUGUGUGAGAAGGAGGAGGUCCGAAACUUCCGUGCUGCCUUCCUCCCGGCCAUGUACAGCCUCAUCUGCUUCAUGGGGCUGCUGGGCAACGGGCUGGUCAUGCUCACCUACAUCUACUUCAAGAGGCUGAAGACCAUGACAGACAUCUACUUGCUGAACCUGGCUGUGGCAGACAUCCUCUUCCUGCUGACCCUUCCCUUCUGGGCGGCGAGUGCGGCCACACAUUGGCUUUUUGGGAGUGUUGCCUGCAAAGCUGUCUACUGCAUCUGCAAAAUGAGUUUCUUCAGUGGGAUGCUGCUCCUCCUGUCCAUCAGCAUCGACAGGUACUUCGCCAUCGUCCAGGCAGCCUCAGCCCAUCGCCUGCGUCCCCGGAUGAUCUUCAUCAGCAAGGUGACCUGCGUCCUCAUCUGGGUCCUGGCCUUCAUCCUCUCCAUCCCUGAGCUGGUUCACAGUGGUGUGAACAACUCAGAGAGCAGCCCCCGUUGCUCCAUCAUUGCUGAUGACUUGCAGACCUUCAACACUGGCAUCAAAGUGUCCCAAAUGGUGUUUGGCUUCUUAAUUCCCCUCCUGGUCAUGUCUUUCUGCUACCUCAUCAUCAUCAAAACCUUACUCCAGGCCCGUAACUUUGAGAAGAACAAAGCCAUCAAGGUCAUCAUCGCCGUGGUCAUCGUCUUUGUCGUCUUCCAGCUGCCCUACAACGGCGUCAUGCUGGCCAAGACCAUCUCAGCCUUCAACCAGACCAGCUCCUGUGAGGAGAGCAAGAAGCUGGACGUGGCAGAUGAUGUGACCUACACCCUGGCCUGCUUCCGAUGCUGCCUCAACCCAUUCCUCUACGCCUUCAUCGGCGUCAAAUUCCGCACCGACCUCUUCAAGCUGCUGAAGGAGCUGGGCUGCCUGAGCCAGGAGCGCCUCUGGCAGCUCACCUCCUGCCGGGACAACAAGAGGAGCUCCUUCGCCAUGGAGACAGAGACAACCACCACCUUCUCCCCGUGAGCUCAGCUCCAGGCACGGCUUGGUGGAGCUUGAAAUGGUUUUGGACAUUUUCUCUAGUCUGAACUCCUGGCAGAGCAAGACCUGCUACACUGCAGAGAAGUCGAGGGGGAAACCCAGAAGUCUCCUCCUGUUUCAGCAGCAAAGGCUGCUGGCCAGUGUCCCAUGGGUGGAGAGACUUUGCAA